AUGGGGAGGAAGUGACUUGUCACUAUUUGCAAGCUUUAGAUCAUAGACUGCCUCCAUCUAGCUCCUCCACUCUAUCAGUCCCUGAAACCUGCCGUCAGCUGUCUCCUUCACGAUUAUGCGUUCAACUUCAGCCAGAUAACAUGGGAGUCCUGUUUCCAUGGCUUUGUCAUUGAAGAAGAAGAGGCCGUUUGUACAUCCGCAUCAGUCUGUGAAAAUGUGUCUGACAAAUCUGAAUAUUUUAAAUAUGGCCACUGCACAGAUCUCCUGGCCUGUCCCCAUGAGGGCUAUUGGAGCUCAGAAUCUUCUGACCAUGCCUGGAGGGGUCACCGUGUCUGGGUACCUACACAAGAAAGGGGGCAGCCAAUUCAGCUUGAUGAAAUGGCCUCUACGCUACAUUAUAAUCCACAAAGGCUGCGUCUACUAUUUCAAGACAAGUACUUCUGCUGCACCCCAAGGGGCAUUCUCCCUCAAUGGCUACAACAGGGUGAUGCGGGCAGCAGAGGAGACCACAUCCAGCAACGUAUUCCCAUUCAAGAUUGUGCACUUCAGUAAGAGACACCGUACCUGGUAUUUCUCAGCAGCCAGCGAGGACGAGAGAAGGAAAUGGAUGCGUCAUCUGAGGAAAGAGAUAGACCACUAUAACGACAAGAAAGACUACCUUGAUGCCAGUGAAUCUGAGUCUGAUGCUGAGAGUUUCUAUGGACCAAUAGAGAGCCCUCUGGAAUUCACCAGUGUCCCAGAUCACCCUGAAGAAGAUUAUAUGUCACAAGAUGAAGACAGUGAUGAGGAGGAUUAUCUUAAACCUGAUGGCUCACCAGGCCGGCCGACAGUACCACCUCCAUCUUACCCUCCACCACCUGUCCCACACCAGGAUAGAGACGUCUGCACUCCCAACCACCCUAAAGGACCUCCACCUCCAGUGCCCCCUCCACCCAACAAGACCCCCCCAUGCCCAUAUCCCAAGAAAUCCAUAGCCAUAAUGCCAGGCCCUCCUAUCCACUUAGACUCCAUAAACAAAUGCCCACCGCCACUGCCACCAAAUCCAUCCCACCCUCCCAAACCAUUCCUGAACAGGACCACAGGAGGCUCCGUCAAUCCAGCUCCCCCACCUGUAUUCCUCAAAAAGUCCAUAUCAACCCUUCCUGCAUGUGACAAGAAGCCUGCUUCCUCUGUGGUCAUCAAAAUUCCCUCCACUCUUCCCAUCUGUCACGAUCUGGAAAAGAAACUGGUUCUGAACACUGGGGAGAAACCAAGGCUGCUCAACAUGCACAACCACUCCCAAGGGAGCAAAUCAGCGGAGGAAAGAAAGCCCAACUCUUCCACACCGACAGCCAAUAAGUCUCCUCUCAUGAUACCCAAACCUCCACCACCAGGGGUUAAGCCCAAAUCCAUCCGGCCAUCUCUCCAAAGAUCGUCCCCUGAUGGCCAAAGUUUUCGAUCCUCCGUGGAGGAGAACCCCUUGAAAAGGAGAGCCAAAUUAGAGAAUGGCAAUGAAGACUCCGAUGACGAUGACUAUGAAAAUGUGCAGUUGCCUGACUCUGUCUUUGUGGACACAACAGAGACCACCGUUGUUGAAAAAUUAUUUAAAGAGGGAGCCAGUUCCCCACAGGACGGCCUCUACUGCAUCCGAAAUUCAGGAACAAAGACAUCAAAGGUGCUCGUGGUAUGGGACGUGAGUCUUAACAAGGCCAGAAACUACAGAGUCUUUGAGGAGGACUCAACAGUGUUCCUGGAGGCAGAUAUGACCUUCCCAUCUUUGGCAGCUCUGGUGGAGCACUAUUACAGCCACCCCCUGCCCAACCACGGCUCCCUGUGCUUACAGCAGCCUUACGGUUACACGCCGCCCAGGUGACAGCAUCCUCCCUCCUCCAGCAUCAUGGACUCUUUAUCCACAGCUCUGUGGCUUCAGCCCUGCAGUGCAGACACAACUGCUCCCCCUGCUGGCUGCAGCAUCUCACUACAAUUACAGUGCUUCAGCACUAUAGACAAACUAGAUUUGCCAAUGUGUUUGGGAAUACGGAUGAACGGAUAUGGACGCAUGUGAGCACCUCGGGGACAAAAAGAAGUUUGCAUAGAUGUAAAGAAAAAAACGUAGAAGCUACAGAGAUCAAUCUGAACUUCAUUCAAACUGUAC